UUCCAUUCCAUUACACUUGAAAACCAUGGCGACGCCUUCUCCGACAUCUUCUCCUCCCUCCUCCCACUCAAACCCUAACUCCGCCGCCACUUCCCCGCACCAAAAUCCACCGCCCUCGACCUCUGAACCCCUCCCACCAGCGCAAACCACCACCCUCGUAGCGUCCGCCGUAGCCAAAAAAACCCAACCGGUGCUAUGGACUCAAGAAGAGACUCUCCUCUUGAUCGACUCCUACAAGGACAAAUGGCACGCCCUCGGACGCGGCCCUCUCAAAUCAUCUCACUGGGAGGAGAUCGCCGCCGCCGUCUCGGCACGCUCCGGCGUUGACCGGUCAGCGACACAGUGUCGGCACAAGAUCGAGAAGCUGCGGAAGAGGUUACGAGCUGAGAGGCAGAGCAUGGGACCGAUCUCUAUAUGGCCUUUUUAUUCUCAGAUGGAGGAGUUAGAUAGCAACAACAACAGCGCUGCUCCUAUCUCGGCGCGUCCCCUCACGCGCCUACCUCCCGUUUCAGAUGAUGAUGAAGAUGAAGAAGAGGAGGAGGAGAGAGAGAGCAAGUCGAGGAGUAUUAAUUACAUAGUGAGGAGACCAGGAGCGGUUAAUAGAUUUGCUGGAGUUGGAGGAGGGUUGUUGCAGUGGGGACAUAAGGAGAGGUCGAAGAGGAAGAGGAGGACGAGGAGGAGGGAUGGAGCGAGAGCUGUUGCUUGUGAGAUUAGGGAUUUUGCUGAGAGGGUGAUGGUGAUGGAGAAGAGGAAGAUGGAGUUUGCUAGAGAGAGUGUGAAGCUGCGUAAGGAGAUGGAGAUCAAACGGAUCAGAUUGAUUCAGAGUUCUCAAGCUCAGCUUCUUCAGUCUCUUAAUACUCUCUUAGGUUCUUUCUAACUUGUUUGUUAACCACUAAAAAAAAAGAUGUGUGACGUUUGUUCUAGUUUGAUAGACGCAGCCGCUUCUCUUCUCCUCCAUUGACGCAACUCCAUCUCUCUCGAUCUCUUCUCCAGCUAUCUCCCAUCUCCGAGCUCUCUCUUUCUCUUUCUCUUUCUCUUUCUUUGAGGGACAUAUCAAGAAACCAUAUUGGCAUGUAUAGGCUUGUGAUAGUGGUGGAACAUUUUGGUAUGACCGGAAGUGGACACACUAUACUGUUUAUAGAAGUGCGAGAGUAUCAU